GGAUUUUCAUUUCAGAACAAGGGAUAAGGCUUCCAUGGUUUCUGUUGGUUGCUGUUCAUGGAUAGCCGCCGUGCCUUUCUCGUCUUCCUUCUCCUGUUCUUCCUCUUCACCGCGCCAGAUCCGCACCCCCGACCGCCGGUGUCCAAGGAGGAGCUCCAAAAGCAAAUAACUGACGAACAGCGCGCGUUGUCCUGGCUCAACUCUUCAAGGUAUGGGGAUUUAAAUAGCCAGAACGAUCGCUGGCUGCCGCUCGCCGGAUUAACAAAGGACGACGGGUACGCAUGGGGCCUCCUCCCUGUGGUGCAAACUCGAGCCAGGAAACAACUACAUUCUAUCCUUCAUACCUACAGGAUAUCGGUCCCGGAGCUCUCUUUAGCUCAGUCCCAUGAUCUCACUCCCGAAUCCAACCUGACGGGCUUGAUUCUCCCUGUGUACCGAAAUGUCACUGGCAGGGUGCGGGGCGAUUGGGUACGGUGGAGGGAACCAGAGCUCGCCCAUCGCCCAAACCUGAACUUGACGUCCAUAGCAACAAAGCAUGACUACUUCACACAUGAGUUUGGGCGCAAUAUCACUGCAAAUGAUGGGCGACUCGUCCUUGACUUUCAAGAGGAGGAAGGUGGCAAGGCCUUGGAUGUGAACGGCGUUUCCGUCAGAGAUAUCAGAGCUCGCAUGUUAGUGGAGAUGAACGAUGCCCUCGGCGACAGUUGGGUUGUGCCGCUGUUUGGGAUACACUUCCCGGCGACAGGGGCAAUCGUGUUGACCACUACGAGCGAGAAGUUUGCUGGCAUUACGGCUCUGCCUCAUUUCGCUUUGUCCAGAGACAGUUUCCAAACCUCUCGCCGAUUGCUUAACAAGACCCUCUCUGAUGCUCUGGAAUUAAAGCGGACCCAGCCAGAACGAUACUUGCCUUGGUCGUCUUUGCCCUAUGACGGGGAGACAGCGGCAUUUCCGACUCCUAAAUGCGAAUAUAUCGUUUAUAUCCAGCAGCAUCCUGUCGUAAUUGGAGCUACAACUGCCCAGACGUCUAUACUAAAUGCUAUUGAAAAUGAACUUCGAUUUCCUAAAGGCGCUCCUAUUCCAAAUCCACCCCCAAUCGUGAUGUCGGCUGCUAUGAUUUCUCCUGACUGUGGCUUCUUCCUUGAGUCUAAGGGACCUCCAGUCUAUACCCCUCAGGAUGAACUUUAUCUUUCGGGUCUAAAGCGUGAGGAGUAUUCUAAAUAUGCGAAACGAUUCAUUGUUAUUAUUGCUGGCAUUUUUAUUCUGCAUAUCAAUCUGCUUAUGCGGCAGAUGAAAGAAUCGUCCACCCCAUCAACGCGAAGCCGAGUAAGCUUUUUUACGAUUGCGGUGAUGUCAAUGGGAGACGCUCUGCUGAUAUCCUUCGUAUUGGUUCAACUCUGGUCAGAGGCUUCGUUUCUAUUAAUCACCGCUACUUCAUUUUUAGCUUUUUUCUCCAUCAGCUUUCUAGGAAUGAAGUUCCAGAUUGAGAUAUGGACAAUCCAGGAGCCCGAGCGAAGAGAGGCGCUCUCUAGUUCUGGCUCUUCUCAAACUUCUUCCACUCAGCCAGGUUCCCUUCCCGCACCGGCUACUAAUCCAAGCCCGCGUGACACCGGUGCCACUCCAACCAUCCUUCCUCCAGAUCAGGACAGUCCCUCAGAUGAGACACCCCCAAAUCAAAGGCAGGCCAACAGCGAACCCGGUGUCAGCGCAGGGGCAAUGUAUACACGGUUUUACUUUACACUUUUCAGCUUGUUUUUCCUCUCCUCGUGGGCGACUUUCUGGCCAACUCGCCUUGCUGCGAUAUACGCGGAUAUUCUCAUCUUUAUCUACCUUUCUUUCUGGAUACCCCAGAUAUAUCGAAAUAUCAUGCGCAAUUGUCGGAAAGCGCUUCGGUGGGAGUUCGUGAUUGGGGAAAGCAUGUUGCGUAUUUUCCCCUUUACGUACUUCUACCUGUUUCCCCGCAACGCCGUGUUAACGACGUUUAGCUCGGCUGAACUGUUCGCUUUUGCUUCGUGGAUUUGGAUUCAAAACUGGGUGCUCGUUAGCCAAGAUAUUCUCGGCCCAAGAUUCUUUGUCCCAAAGACUUGGGUUCCACCAGCAUACGAUUAUCACCCAAUACUGCGAGAUGCAUCUGCUAGUGGAUCAGGUGAAGAUUUGGAAUCUGGUGAUAUCCUACCUCUAAGUUCACUCCGAGCAGAACAGCGGGACGGUCCUGAAAACUCGCGAGACAACGACAAACAAGGCAACAAGGACCGGAAAAGAAAGGUUUUCGACUGCGCCAUAUGCAUGCAGGACAUCGACGUGCCUGUCCUCUUAACCCCUGGAAGCGGAGCAAGCAGUUCAGGGACUAGUGUGACCGAAAGUGCCACAAAUCUUCUGAGUCGGCGUACAUAUAUGGUUACCCCGUGCCGCCAUAUUUUCCAUAGUUCGUGCUUGGAGACUUGGAUGAGACUGCGACUGCAGUGUCCAAUAUGUCGAGAAUCGAUUCCUCCCGUAUAACAGCUAUGUACAUACUAUGAUCUCUCCUUGCAUUGUUACAGUGACAUCUGAUUGACACACUCUGCACAUAUUGAUCGAGAAUAAAUAAAGCCGUGAAAAGGACGAAGCUAGGCAAAGCUCGGCCUAGAGACAGAUGCUCUAGGAUGACGGGGGUCGAUAAGCUUUCAUGCUUAGGGCUACACAGGAAACGACGCUUUUGCUGCCGUCCUCAGUAGUCGCGUCGAUAACAUGCGCCAUGGUCUUAGCGGCAAAUUUGGCCUAGACUGACAGUCGAUCUACGGAAUACAUAGACGUCUACACUCGCAAAAUCUAGGCCGAAGUUGCCCCUGAGGCUUCUAGUGAGAAUUUGAUGGGAGGCUCGACUAUGGGUAACCAUUUGGUUCACAUCCAUAAUUCUAAUCGCUGUCACAUGACCUCGCCUCGAGUGAAUCCGCUCCAGAGGGAAAUUCAUGCUCUCCAUGAAGACACUGCGAUAUAGCGGGGAAGCAAGCUGGGAAUACAAACCGGCGUCAAGUUAUUUAGGCGAGAUUUUAGAGUUGAAUUUGAGGGCGAAGAAGGGGAUUAUGGCAACUAGAUUGCAUUUGUACGGAGUACCGCGCUCGGGUUUUAAUAUGAG